AUUAUGGUUUAAGUCAUUUAAAUAUACUUUCCAACAAAUGAAUGUAGUUGAUUGGCUUAAUAAAACCAGCGAAAAAUCAUUCCUCUCUGAUUAUAUUAAAUUUAAAAGGAUUCCUAAAAUGGAAAGUUACCUCCUAACUAAAACUGAUUUUUAUGGUGCUCAACUUAAGUUUAAGGCACGCUCUAACUCACUUCAACUUGAAAUAAAAGCUAGUAAGUGGGAUAAUAAUAAUCCUGGUACAUGCUUACUGUGUAACAAUGGUAUUGAAGACUUGCGACAUUUUCUGUUUAUUUGUAAUAAGCUUGAAGAAGUUCGGUUAUCUGAGCACGAAAUUUUAGUGAAUAAACUUUAUGAUUCAGGCUUAUCUGAGUUAUGUAAUCAGAUCCUUACAAAGGAUACUGAUGCAUUUCUUAUCCUUAUGUUAGGCGGAGACUGCACAGAGUUUAUUCCUAAUCUACCCAAUCACUUAAUUGACUUGGCUCAUUUGAUUUUUGAUGAUUUUUGUAAAUCUUAUAUUAAGAAGGCAUGGGCAAAAAGAAUUGAGAUUAAAAAUGGUGCUAUGUUAUGAUUUUUAUUAUUAUUAUUAUUAUUGAUAUUAUUAUU